AUGCCAGUCUCAGCAGAUAGCUCUGGUAGCAGUGAAAAGUGGCACGUGGAUUUGAGCCAGAGUAGCUCUGGUUUGGACUACUCAGAAGAUACAUUUGAGUCCUUCAGUGAAGAGGAAGAAGGCUGCUGGCAGGAAGAGAGCAAACCAUCUGAAUCAUGUUCCACAGAGGAUUUAGAGGGGUCUGCUGUGUCAGAUAUGUUGGAAGGACAAAAUCAUGCAGAGAAAGACAGUCUGUACAGGCAGGAGGACGUGGGGAUGGAUGGAGGAGUCUGGGCAGCCAAGCGUCAGCAAAAUGUACUCUGGAACAAAAUGACUGAGCUGUUAGAUGGAGAACUGGAUGCUCUCCGGGCUUUUUGCACCCUGAAGAUAAGCAACAUGUGUCAACAGCUCAGCUCUGAGCAGGCAGAGAGUGGCAAGGUGAGGAAGCUGCAGCAUGGACUCACAGCAAAGAAACCCCAGACAAGUGGCUCCAAUCUCAUUGUUCCUGAUCAGCUGAUGAACAGAAUCCACCUGGAAAAUAUCCGAGAGACAGUUAAACAGGUGACAGAAGCUGAAAUCCACCGAUCUUCAGUGUGCCCAGCCUGUCAGAAGAAGGAAGCAGAGCUAGCCAAGGUUGCCUUUCUCAGAAGAAAGAAGGUGCUGAUGGAAAGUGCUUUAAUCCAGGAUAAACUGGAAGAACAGAUUUACUGCAGAGAUGUGAUUACACUUCUAGGAGAAGCACUCAGAAACCUUCCCAAACCUUCAGAGGAUCCCAAGGACUUAUGGCAAAGGCUGAAAUGUCCAAAGAUGUAA